UACUAUUAUUCGGAAAGACUUUUCUUCCCCCAACAAGUGAUCUGCUUAAAAAAUGACCGGACGAGGAAAGGGAGGUAAGGGACUCGGCAAAGGAGGUGCCAAGCGCCACCGGAAGGUUCUGCGCGAUAACAUCCAGGGCAUCACCAAGCCGGCCAUCCGCCGAUUGGCCCGCCGUGGAGGAGUCAAACGAAUCUCCGGACUGAUCUACGAGGAGACCCGAGGCGUGCUGAAGGUAUUCCUGGAGAACGUGAUCCGAGAUGCGGUGACCUACACUGAACAUGCCAAGCGCAAAACUGUCACGGCCAUGGACGUUGUCUAUGCCCUGAAACGCCAGGGUCGCACCUUGUACGGUUUCGGAGGAUAAAUUUGUGACGAUAAACCGCGGAACGCCCUCUGCAGUGCAGUCUUUCCCUGAUCGAUUCAAAACCACCAAA